AUGGCUGAAAAGAUGAAAAUUCAAGCAUUGUUGUUGUAUUUUUUGGCAUGGUCUGCAAUAGCUGCUCAUCAGCCUCAGAUCAUUAACAAGAAACAAUCAAAAGGGAAAGGAUUUGGCUCCUCCGUGUUUUUUCCUGUCACUGGAAAUGUUUAUCCAAAAGGGUCUUAUCAUGUUACUAUCAAUGUGGGCCAACCUCCGAAACCUUACUUUUUUGACAUAGAUACUGGCAGCGACCUCACUUGGCUCCAGUGUGAUGCACCUUGCGCUAAAUGCACUCGGACCCCACACACUCUUUAUAAACCCAGCAAAAACCUUGUCACAUGUAACCAUGCCCUAUGUGUCUCACUCCAUGGACCUGCAAUCCAAAAUUGUGAAACCUCCGAUGAGCAAUGUGACUAUGAGGUCACUUAUGCUGAUCUAGGUUCAUCUAUGGGUGUGCUGGUCAUGGACUCAUUUCCUUUUAGGUUCACCAAUGGUAGCAUAUUAGGUCCUCGUCUUGCAUUCGGAUGUGGAUACAAUCAAGAAUUUCCAAAUUCCAUUCGUCCACCACCUUACACGGAUGGAGUCCUUGGUCUUGGCAGUGGCAAAUCAAGCAUUGUUGCACAAUUGAGUGAGAUGGGUCUGACGAGAAACGUUGUGGGUCACUGUUUAAGUGGGCAAGGUGGAGGGUUUCUAUUCUUUGGAGAUGAUUUUCUGCCUUCUUCAGGGAUCGUUUGGACACCAAUAUUGAGCCAAACGAAACACUACUCUCUGGGACCGGCCGAUCUCCAGUUUGGUGGCCAAGCUACAAAUAUUAAAGGCCUUCCAAUAGUUUUUGACAGUGGCAGUACCUACAGUUAUUUCAGUUCUCAAGCUUACAGUGCCCUAGUUUCUAUGAUAAAUAAAGACAUAAAUGGGAAGUUAACUAUUGCGGUUGAGGACAAAAGCCUCCCGGUCUGCUGGAAAGGUGUAAAGCCCUUCAAAUCCAUCCAUGAUGCCACUAAUUACUUCAAGCCAUUGGUGUUGAGCUUCAGAAAUGGCAAAAACGUCAAAUUCCAACUGCAGCCUCAAACUUAUCUUAUUGUCACGGAACAUGGAAAUGUGUGCUUAGGUAUCUUGAACGGUGGUGAGGUCGAGCUAGGAAAUCUCAACGUUAUUGGAGAUGUUUCUCUGCAAGAUAAAUUGGUGAUUUACGACAACGAGAACCAGCAGAUCGGAUGGGCUCAAGCAAACUGCAAGAGGCUUCCCAACCUGGAUCGUGAUUUUAUCGACCGGUAUUAUCAACCUUGUGCUACCGACUUAGGUAUCGUCUUACAAGAUUCUUGCCCUGCGAGUUUUGAUUCCGGGAGGAGGAAGCAACGCAGAUAA